AUGGGCAAGACACAGCGACCGAGCAAGUCAUCAAGAGGCAAACAGCGAGGUCCUCAGUCGUCGGGCGCCAACACAGGUGCUCUCGGCGUUCGUGGCAGCUUGUCAUCUCGACCCGAUGGAGCUGCACAGAAAAAGGGCUUCCAAGUCGGUCCGAAGCCGUUUGAUGGCAUGUACAGGGGCAAGGCGCAAAAGAUCAAGCAGACCUUGAUUCACAAGGCCCAGAUUAAGAAAGCAUACAAUAGGGUACUCAAGUCGGAAGGAGCAGAGACAUCUACAUCGGGCAGCAGGGCAGUAGACGCAAGCGGAGAAGAAGGCUUCACUGCGCGGAGUCGGAAACCAUCUGCCAAGCCCAAACUCGAGCAGCCUGCGCCAGCAGCAAAGAAGCGACCGCGACUCAGCGAGACAGAGCUGGCAGAGCUCAGGCAGAAGCGGCUGGAGCAACACAAGCAGUAUAACGCUCGUACGAAGAAGGGACAACCCAACACAAACGCCAAGAUGGGCGUCUUGCUUGACAAGAUCCAGCGGAGCAUUCUGCAGAUUGCUGUCGUUGUUCAGUCGUCUUGGUCUCGAUGCGUCACAGUCUAA